AUGUGUGACUAUUGCAUGCCGAUCGAACCGUUCGAUAUGGCAUUCCACGCUGAGCAUGGCAUCAAGCAUUUGUCUUUUCACGCGUACCUGCGGCAUCAAAACAUUGGGGUGCCAUCGUCUUCUGCAUCAUCGUCGUCCUCUACGUACGUGCCGCCCCUGGAGGAAGUCUCGUACCGCGUCAAGACCCCAUGCCCAUCAGGACACCAUGCGCCGUGGCCCGCUGGCAUCUGCACCAAGUGCCAGCCAUCCGCCAUCACACUUCAGCGGCAGCCGUACCGCAUGGUAGAUCAUGUCGAGUUCGUGCACUCGUCGCUCAUUGACCAUGUGUUGGACAUAUGGCGCAAGACAGCGACGCAGCGAUUUGGAUUCCUACUAGGCCAUUAUGAGCCGUAUGAAAAAGUGCCUAUGGGCAUCAAGGCGGUCAUCGAAGCGAUCCACGAGCCGCCGCAGGCGGGCGAGAUCGAUGGCAUCGAGCUGGGCUUGCCCUGGGACGACGAGCCUCGGAUUACAUCGCUCGCUGCACAGUGUGGCAUGAGCAUCGUCGGCAUGAUCUACACGGAUUUGGAGGUGGCGGACCCAUCGCACACGGAUGCAUCGCUCGCCGGUCUUGUGGCAUGCAAGCGGCAUGCGGACAGUUUCUUCCUGAGUGGCCAGGAGGCGAUCUUUGCCGCUCAACUGCAGGCGCAGCACAAGAAUGCAUGCCGCUGGACCGAGAGCGGCUCGUUCAACAGCAAGUUUGUCACAUGUGUGCUGAGUGGGAAUCCCGAGGGCGACAUUGAUGUGUCGGCCUACCAGGUGAGUGAACAGGUCAUGGGCAUGGUCGAUGCCGAUAUGAUCGAGGCGAGCGUGCAUCCCACGACGAUCCGCGUCAAGCCGAAUGACGAGAGCCGGUACGUGCCGGAUGUCUUUUUCCGCUACACGAACAAGUAUGGCAUCGACAUCAAGGAAAAUGCAUCGCCGACCUUCCCAGUCGAAUACCUGCUCGUGACAUGCACGCACGGUUUUCCAACUGAGCCGAAGCCCGCGCUUCUUGUCGUCCACCUUCCCGAUCGAGAAUCGCCCGGGCCUGCAGGACCAGACGCUCGAGCUUGUCUUGCAUGGUCUUCGCACACUCCUAACGCAUCCUGA